AUGCCCUACCCAUACCCAGCAAUAACCCCAGAGCAGAAGAAGGAGCUGUCUGACAUAGUUAACCAAAUUGUGGCUCCAGGCAAGGGCAUCCUGGCUGCAGAUGAGUCCACCAGAAGCAUUGCUAAGUGGAUGCAGUCCAUUAGCACUGAGAACAAAGAAGAGAACAGGCACUUCUACUGCCAGCUGCUGUCGACUGUUGAUGACCAUGUGAACCUCUUUCACAAAAUGUUCUACCAGAAGGCACACGGUGGACGUCCCUUCCCCCAAGUUAUCAAGUCCAAGGGGGGUGUUUUUGGCAUUAAGGUAGAUAAAGGCAUGGUACCCUUGGCAGGAACCAAUGGUAAGACCACCACCCAAGGGCUGGAUGGACUGUCAGAAUGCUGUGCCCAGUAUAAGAAGGAUAGAGCUGACUUUGCUAAACGGUGCUGUGUGUUAAAGAUCGGGGAGCAUACUCCUUCAGUCCUUGCCAUCAUGGAAAAUGCCAAUGUUCUGGCCUGUUAUGCCAUCGUCUGCCAGCAGAAUGGCAUUGUACCCACUGUGGAGCCUGAAAUUCUCCCUGAUGGGGACCAUGACUUAAAACGCUGCCAGUAUGUAACUGAGAAGGUACUGGCCGCUGUGUACAAGGCUCUGAGUGACCACCAUGUCUAUCUGGAAGGCACAUUGCUGAAGCCCAACAUGGUCACCCCAGGCCAUGCUUGUACCCAGAAAUAUUCCAAUGAGGAGAUUGCCAUGGCAACUAUCACAGAACUGCAUUGCACAGUGCCUCCUGCUGUCAGUGGAGUCACUUUCCUGUCUGGAGGGCAGAGUGAGGAAGAGGCGUCCAUCAACCUUAAUGCUAUCAUCAAGUGCCCACUGCUGAAGCCAUGGGUCUUGACUUUCUCUUAUGGCCGAGCCCUACAGGCCUCUGCUCUGAAGGUCUGGGGCAGGAAGAAGGAGAACCUGAAGGUACAUCAAGUGAGCCCUGGCCAACAGCCUUGCUUAUCAAGGAAAGUACACCCCAAGUGGUCAGUCGGGAGCCGCAGUCAGCGAAUCUCUCUUCAUUUCUAA